AUGGCCGUCACCAGGCUUUUCCUCGCGUGCAUUCUCCUCCUCGCAGCCACUUCCGCCUUGGCGCAGCGUGGUCCGCCUGGCGGAAGCCGUCCCGGCGGCCAGGGGCCCCGGGGGCCGCGCGGAGGCCCCGGAGGGUCCAGUGGGCCCGGCGGCGCAUCUGGCGGACCUGGCGGGCCUCCGGGGCCGCCUGGCGGGGAGCCGCGCGGUCCUCCGCUUAACCUGACGGCCGUCGGGAAUCUGACGGCCGACGUUGGCGCGCGAUUGGCCAACUGCUCCGCGGAUCAGGAAAUCUUCGACGGCCGCUUCCACCUCGCCAUUUUCAAAAACUCCACCGGCAACUACAAUCUCGUCGUAGACGCUCUCCUAGUCGGCGCCGCCAGCGGCCCUCCUGAUUCGCUCGCGAUUGUGAAGGGCGCCGUCUGCGACUCCUCCGCUUCCGCCGCCCUGGCGCUGCCUGUCUCCGCAUCCGACUAG